UUGAACUGGUGCUAACAGAAUGUGGCAUUUUUAACUGACCUUUGCAUUUCAAGGAAUUUGGUUGUGCAUUUAAAGUAAAUUUCAUAUCAGAAAUCAGUUCUAUAAAUUGAGUUCACUCUCAUUCAUUCAACAUGAUUUUUCUCUAUACUCAAACUCUCAAAUUUUUCUUCCUCUCAAAUCUCUCGAUUCUUCACACUGAAACACUUUCAAUCAAUCCAAAAUCUCAAUUUCCAUUGCUGAAUCUCAAAGCUCGCUUUACUCUACCUAUCAUCCUGUCCAAUGCGUUUUCAGUUACAGAAGAGGAUUUAGAAGAAGGAGAAACCAAGGAAAGGAAGUACGAGAAGUUGCAGAAGGAUUACCUGACAUUUCCGGUACGGUGCUCCGGGGACAUUCUUGAUUGAGAUCCUGGUUGAGAGACUUCUUUGCUCAAAUAUGAGGCCUGGUUUGAAGGACGAUGUUGUCUACAGUUUCUUUGAUCCAGAGAUCAGUGUGCUGAAGGAGAUGAUAGCAUUGAUUGCGCCUGACCAUGUGGGGAUGUUUCGUGAGACUUAUGGAGGUAUUCUGAAGAUGGUUUUCAGGCUCACCGACAGGGAUAGGAGCGCCAUCCAUACUCUUCUCCAGUUUUAUGACCCUGGUUUGAGGUGUUUCGUCUUCCCGGAUUACUUAUCGGGGCCUUUGAUGGAGGACUACGCUAGUAUCUUGGGUAUUCAGAUCAGAAAUCAGGUUCCUUUCUAUGUUACUAAGGAAGAACCUGAUGUUGGUGGGAUCUCCCAUGCUCUUUAUUUGAGCCCUGAGGUUACUCAAGGAGGUCUGAAGGAGAAGGGAAAGUUGCCUGGUUUUCAUCUGAGUUUCCUAGAGGCUAAAGCCAAGGAGCAUGCUGAUUUGGGUGAUUGGAAAGCUGUCUGUGCUUUGAUUGCUAUGAGCAUUUAUGGAAUCAUCCUAUUCCCUAACCAGAAGAACUUCGUGGAUAUUAAUGCCAUUCGGUUCUUUGCUCAGAAGAAUCCUAUUCCUACCCUGGUUGGGGAUGUCUAUUACUCGGUCCAUAACAGGAAUGAGAAGAGGCGUUGGGGAUUGAUUAGGUGUUGUGCUCAGCUGCUAUACAAAUGGUUCAUGGGAUAUUUGCCUUCCAGGGGUGCUUUUGUUCUUCUUGACCAUACUGUAAAUUGGGCGACCAAGUUGAUGGGUUUGCGAGCCAAAGACAUAGCUUGGACUCACAGUAGUGGGGUUGGACAAGAUUUCAUUUGCAGUUGUGGGGGUUUUCCCAAUGUGCCUCUUAUAGGAGUUCAGGGUUGCAUUAAUUAUAACCCGACACUUCUUAAGAGACAAAUGGGAUUCGCUAUGGAGGUUCCUCCUCUCAAGAGUGAGAUUCAGGAAACUUUCUACUUCCCGGUUGAGGGUAACCAGUCACGGUUGAGGCAAGUGUCUGAUGCAUGGCGCAACAUUCAAAGGAAAGGCAAGUUUUCUUGGGGUAGAGCUAAUAACAGGUCUUUUCCUCCGUUUGAUGAUUGGCUCAGCAAGAGAGUGGAGCUCACUCGUCUACCAUUUCCUGUGGGUGAUCCUUGGUAUCCGUUGAUUGAGGAAUCUCAUUCUUCUGUCAGCAUGGAAGAGUUCCUGGAGAUAAAGAGGGAGAGAGAUCAGUUACAUGCAGAGAACACUGAGUUGGAGAUGAGUGUUGCUAGAAUCCAGAUGGCUAAUCAGGAAAUCAAAGGGAAAAUGGAAGAUCAGGAUAAGAGACAUGCUCUUGUGGUGAAGCGCUUUGAGAUAGACACCGCUUAUUAUGGCAAGGUCAGCCAAGCUUUGGAGUCAUCCACAAGGGAGCACGACAUCACCAAGGAGAGGUUGGCUAAAGCUUUGAGGGUCAUUGAGGAUGAGAAGAGGAGGCAAAUCCUUGUGAAGAAUCAGAGGGAAGCCAGAGAUAAAGUCCUUACUACAGAAUGGGAAGCGGAAAAAGCAAGGAUUAGGGCUGAGAGAGAUCAUUAUCUUGCUGAGAGGGAUCAUUAUUUCCGACAGAUGAAGAUUCACCAGAAGGAGGUGGGGAGACUGCAGCAGGAGAACACCGAGCUCAGGUUCGCCGUGAAGUUUACCAGAAUGGUAGAUGAUGCAGAUCCUUCUGUGGGGCCUUCUUCAGUGUAGCCUUUUGUUAUCAUUUGUGUUGGAUUACCGUCAGACAUGUUGACGGAAUUCACCUGCUUGUAUUUCCUUUCUGUUUCUGGAGAAUUGUAAUUUGAUUUGUAUCAGACUUGAUGUAUGACUCUCGCACAUAUAGUGCACUUUUGA